AUGCCGUGGUCAACAGCGUGCCGCCUUCCGGGAGACAUCCGCUCCCCCUCUGAUCUGUGGGACUUCCUUGUCGAAGAGAAGUCCGGCCAAGGCCCUGUGCCUGCCGAGCGAUAUAACAUCAAAGGAUAUUACCAUCCAGAUGGACAUCGCAGUGGCGGCAUGGACGUGCCUGGCGGGUACUUUAUCAACGAGGACGUCCGCCAGUUCGAGAAUAGCUUCUUCGGUAUCAACAACCUAGAGGCAACUUAUAUGGAUCCGCAGCAACGGAAGUUGCUGGAGGUAGUAUACGAGUGCCUCGAAAGUGCCGGCACCAGCAUGAAGAGUAUCUCUGGAUCGAAUACUGGUGUGUUCGUCGGCAAUUUCUCAGUCGACUACCAGCCGAUGCAGACACGGGAUCCAGAUUACCUACACCGGUAUACGUCCACCGGUUCCGGUGCUACCAUCAUGUCGAAUCGUAUCAGCCAUGUGUUCAAUCUUCAUGGGCCAAGCUUCACGCUGGAUACGGCAUGCUCCUCAUCGGUCUAUGCGCUGCACCAGGCUUUGACGGCGAUGAAGAUAGGAGACUGCGACAGCUGUAUCGUGGCCAGUGCCAACUUGAUCAUGUCGCCCGAAUUGCACAUUGGCGCGGCAAAAGGUGGGGUGCUGUCCCCUACAGGCACUUGCCACACCUUCGAUGCUUCGGCCGAUGGCUAUGGCCGUGCAGAGGGAGUAAACGCCAUCUACAUCAAGCGUCUAUCGGCUGCUCUCAGAGAUGGUAACCCAGUGCGAGCAGUCAUCCGGGGGAGUGCAAUCAAUGCCAAUGGAAAAACUCCCGGCAUUUCGUUGCCCAGCCGUGAGCUUCAGGAGACGGUAAUGCGGAAGGCAUACCAGAAUGCGGGCCUUGAUUUUGCCAGCACAGACUAUGUCGAGUGUCAUGGCACCGGUACGCCUGUUGGUGAUCCCAUUGAGGUUGAUGCGGUGGGACGUUGCUUCUCCCCACGUCCGGCAGUUCAACUACUAAUCGGAUCUGUCAAAACCAACGUGGGACAUAGCGAAGCUGCGAGUGGCCUGACGUCAAUCCUGAAAGUUGCCAUGGCAUUUGAGAACGCCAAAAUCCCACCAUCGCGAGGCGUGGUCAAGUUAAACCCUAAGCUCAUCCUAGAGGAACGAAACCUCAAAAUUGCAACCAAGGUGGAGGAGUGGCCACGGGCACUACGCCGCGCCAGUGUCAAUUCUUUCGGCUACGGAGGCGCCAAUGCCCACGUUAUUCUGGAGUCCAUCCAGAGUUACCUGGGGGACAAUUAUCGGGAACAGAUCAAAAGCAUUUCGGGCCCAUCAGUGUCCGAGACUCCGCAGCUGCUUGUGUUACCUGUGUCUGCGGCUUCGAUUUCGUCUCUGGAAGCGCGUAUGAAGCAUGUAGCCCAGGCUGUUGCACAGAACCCGGGUCCAGAAGCACUUGCAAAUCUGGCAUACACUCUUACCAAGGGUAGAGACCACCUACAGUUCCGCAGCUUCCACAUCGCCAGCGCGGAUGGUAAACUGGACCCUGGUGAAGACGCCGGGACCCCCGGCAGGACAGACAAGGGGUAUCCUUUCGGCUUUGUUUUCACUGGCCAAGGCGCACAGUAUGCCGGCAUGGCAAAAGAGCUUUUGCUCCAAAGUGAGCAUUUCCGGGCUACGAUCCGUGGUCUGGAUCGGGUGCUCCAACGACUACCGGUUCCGUACGCCCCAAACUGGACCAUUGAGCAGACUUUGCUCAAUGACAACCCUCAAACAAGCGAUAUCAACAAAGUUACCCACAGCCAACCUAUCUGCACCGCUAUCCAGAUAGGAAUCGUCGAGCUGCUGCGCAGUUGGGACGUGCAGCCCGCGGCCGUUGUGGGCCACUCGUCCGGAGAAAUUGCCGCAGCUUACGCAGCAGGACUGCUGUCUUCCACCCAGGCUAUUCUGGUCGCGUACUAUCGUGGAUAUGCCGUCGGAAAGUUGCAGACAAAAGGAUCGAUGAUGGCCGCCGGCAUAGGAGCCGAGGCGGCUAAACAGAUGAUCAAAAGUCAGGGGUUGGAGGCCCAGGUCCAAGUUGCCUGUGUUAACGCACCAGAGAGCGUAACCCUCAGCGGCUCUUCUGAGUCAAUUGAUGCCAUUUAUGAGGAGCUUCAGGCCCAGAAGAAGUUCGCCCGCAAGCUAGACACGGGAGGACGGGCUUAUCACUCUCAUAUGAUGAAGGAGGUCGGUCCCCUUUAUGAAGAACUCCUCGCCGAUUUGCUCACCCUCCCGGGUGACGAUAAGCAGGAGGCUCCUUCUGGUGGUUCUGAGGUGAAAAUGUAUUCAUCUGUCGGUCAUGAACCGACACAACUGCGCGUCUUAGAUCGCAAUAGCACCAGGACAACCAACCUGGCGGCCUACUGGCGGGAAAACCUGGAGCAACCGGUUCAAUUCAGCUCCGCACUGGCGACAUUGGCUGCCGGAGGAAAGCGACACUUGAUAGAGAUUGGCCCUCAUUCGACGCUGAAAGGACCGAUACAGCAAAUCCGGGCAGCGAUGGGAUUUGAUCAGAAUUCACUUCCUUAUUCUGCUACGCUGGUACGGAAAGUCAAUGCCGACUUGAGUCUGAAGCGGUUGGCUGGCACUUUGUAUGCCGCUGGCCAUGCUCUCAACUGGGAUAAAAUUGAUGGCCUGCCGCGGUCUGGCUUGGAGGCCGUGCAUUCACUUCCGCCUUACCAGUGGGACUAUUCGAAUGGUCUUCGCUGGAGUGAACCUCGUGCCAGCGUCGAAAUUCGGAACAGAAAGCAUUUGCGUCACGAACUUUUGGGGACGCUGGCUCUCACCGGAAACAACAUCGACUUUACCUGGCGCAACUUACUGCGACCGAGUGAGAUGCCGUGGAUUCAAGAUCAUAUGCUCGAGGGACAAGUGGUCUUCCCUGCAACGGGAUACAUUGCCACGGCCAUUGAGGCUGUCUCCCGUAUUACUGGAGUCAAAGAUAGGUCCAACAAGUCUGACGUAGCCUUCCACAUCCGCAACAUGAACAUCAGCGCUGCUCUUGUGGUUCCCGAAGAGAAUGACCCGGCGGCCAAGGAUCUUGAGCUUCAUACCACUAUGUCUCUGCGCAAGUCAUCGACAGCAAACACAUCCUCUUAUUGGUAUGAUUUCUCUAUCACAUCCUGGGCUGCAGGGCAGACCACAGUUCACUGCACCGGAAGCAUCCGUUUGACGGAACCCAGGACUGGGGCCGGGAAGGGCAGCGUGACUGUCAAAGAUGACGAAGGGUUUGAGGCUUGGGCAAUGGCGCGGUGGUACUCGAAAUGGCGACAGGAAGGCCUUUGCUUCGGCCCGCAGUUUCAGUCUCUGACAAGCCUCCGAACCGACAGCGCACGCACUCGGAACGAGGCCAUCAGUGUUACUCAUUUGGAUCCCCCGGCCACUGAAAACAAAGAGGAAUAUCCUGUGCACCCGAUCACACUCGACGCUUGUAUCCAGGCGGCGAUUUUGGGAGGCACAGCAGGACGGCUGUCCUCGCUGAAGGCAUAUCUCCCCGUGUUCAUCGCAGAUUGUCGAAUUCAACCACCGCAGGAACCCCUCCCUGGCAGCGAGGUCGAAAUCCACGCACGCUCGGUCGAAACGGGUUUCAAUAGCCGAAAGGUUGACAGCACGUUGUGGGAUGCCCGCGGCGCGCCGAUCGUUGAAUUCACCGACGUGCGCAUGUCGCUAUACACCGGCAAAGGUGGAUCUCAGACCCAGCCUGAGAGCAAUUCGCCUCUGGAUCUAUACCUGCAGCGUCAGCCCACAUUGCGGGUGCAUUGGAAGCCCGACAUGCUGCGACUACCGUCGAACGCUGACAGCCAGCUCCGACGCUAUAUCACCAGCUUUGUCGACCGUCAGGCGCCAGACAUCCAGGACGACGAGAGUCUGGGCAUCAUCGGUGCUCUAAUCGAUCUGGUCGGACAUAAGUUCCCACGUAUGCGCGUCUUGGAGCUCGGUGGUGAUCGGCUCGGAUAUAAAGCUCAACAAUGGUUGCAAAUCCUAGACAAAGAUACCGCGUUCGCGCGGUGUCGAUCGUGGCAUACCGGGUCUGUCGACGAAGACGGAUGCCUCACAAUUGAAGACAACAGUGAUGGACCUUUCGAGGUCCUCAUCCUUCCAGGCCUUACCAGUUCUAAACAGCAAUGGAUCCAAGCUGCCGAACCAGUUUUGUCGACACUGUCCGACCAGGGAGUGAUCAUCACGAGAAGUUCGGACGAGGCGGUGGAAGCAUUGGCGAAGGCAGGAUUCACCCUGUUCGAUGUUGGAAAGCAAAUUCUGUUUGCUACGCGGCCACCUCCGACAAGCAAUCUCAAGGGCCGUAAUGGAUUCAUCGUGAUUCCGCAAAACCCGGCCCCAGCAGUGACUAGCUUCGCCAACAGCCUAUCUGAGUUCCUCACGACCAAGGCUACCCUUAGUGUCGUGAAGAUUGUCCCCAUCGACCAAAUCCAGACUGUCGGGCUCACCGCAAAGGAUAUCUGCGUGUCGUUGUUGGAAGCCACGCGUGAAUACCUGGCCACAAUGAGCCCGCAGCAGAUGGACUGGUUGCGUGUCAUAACUGAUGUGGCAACCGAUCUCCUAUGGGUAACCGGGGCGAACAUGCUCAGCAGUCACCCCGACCCCAAUCUUACCCUAGCCAACGGUCUGUCGCGCGCGUUGAUGCUCGAACAGCCGGCUCUACGGUACUCUGUCCUCGACAUUGGAUCUUUCCAGUCGCUGGAGUCCCUUGAUCACGUUGAGCGGGCCUGUGAGAACGUCGUGCAGGCCCUAGUCACCCGGCAGACUGCCGACGAUUGUGAAUUCAUUCAAGUCGAUGGCCUUCUUUACGUCAGCCGCUUUGGGCCAGACUUUGGAGUCAACGCGGCAUUCCGGCGGCGACUAGACCCGGAAGCUCCGAUGGAGAAGGAGACUUUGGAAGCUGCCAAGCCAGCACAGCUCUCUAUUAGCCGGGCGGGCGUGAUGGACACAAUGCAUUUCCAACAGCUGACGCCCCAGACCACUCCUCCUGCCGCGGGCUACGUCGAUAUCGCCGUCAAAGCUGUCGGCUUGAAUGCCAAGGACGUAUACGCCAUCAAUGGUCGUGUUGACACCCGGGAUAAGACGACAGCUCUUGACUUUGCGGGUGUCAUCACUGCAGUUGGGCCCGAUGUGCGACACCUCAAGGUCGGGGAUCGCGCUGUGGCAUGGAUGCCUAGUCACUUCCGAACAACCGAGCGUGUGCCCGCAGGAGCCGUCCACCGGCUACUCAACCACGAGGAAUUCACUGUAGUUCCCACGCUAUUGACCGUCUAUGGCACGGCCUUAUACGCAUUGCAUGAUCGCGCGCAUAUCCGUGCGGGUGAAUCCAUUUUGAUUCAUGCCGGCUCCGGGGGGGUGGGCAUUGCGGCCAUCACGCUGGCCCAACAGCUCGGUGUCAUCGUUUAUACCACAGUGGGCUCGCCUGCGAAGCGGGACUACCUCAUUCGCGAGUUGGGAGUGCCAGCCUCUCAUAUCUUUAAUUCGCGAGACGGGUCGUUCGUCCCCGCCAUCAUGGAAGCCACUGGAGGCCGUGGAGUUGAUGUUGUGCUUAAUUCCUUGGUAGGAGAUCUCAUGCACGAGAGUUGGGACUGUCUCGCUGAGUUCGGUCGCUUUGUCGAAAUCGGCAAGCGGGAGCUUCUCGACGCUGGCAAAUUGGAUAUGCGCGUUUUCCUCCGCAAUGUCACCUUCACAGCCUUCGAUUUGUCGGAACUCUUCUACGCCCGAGACGCAUGGAACCGAUCCAUCUGGGAUCGUCUCAUGGCAGAAACGAUGACGUUGUAUCGUGAAGGGAAGAUCCAGCCCCCUCCAUUGAAAGUCUUUGAUAUCACCGAGGUCGCGCAAGCAUACCGUUUCUUUGCGAAUAAAGACCGUGUCGGUAAGGUGGUCAUUUCGAUGGAAAAUGAUAAAGCUCGCGUUCCGGUCAUGCCCACUCUGUACCGGACCACGUUCGAUUCCGACAAGGUCUAUCUUCUCAUUGGCUGUCUAGGGGGGUUGGGUCGCAGUCUGAGUCGCUGGAUGAUGACGCGAGGAGCGCGCCAUUUUGUCUUCCUCGGUCGCUCCGGCUUGGACCGAAGCAGUGCUCAGCAGCUGGUUUCACGUCUCGAAGGGGCCGGGGCGCAGGUGACCGUGGUGCGAGGAGACGUCAGCAAAUUUGCCGACGUCCAAGCCGCAGUGGCCGCUUGUGCAGCUCUGGGACGUCCCAUCGGCGGCGUGGUGCAGGCGGCCAUGGGCCUGCACGAGGCUCUUUUCACGCGCAUGCCCAACGAGGCCUGGCAUACCGGUAUCGAGCCGAAAUGGCAAGGCACCUGGAACUUGCAUAAUGCUUUGGAAGGCCACGACGACCAGCUUGAUUUCUUCCUUCUCACCUCUUCGGUAUCCGGCACCGUUGGUACGGCUACGGAGAGCAACUACUGCUCUGCCAAUGGCUUCCUCGAUGCCUUUGCCCGUUGGCGUCGCUCGCAAGGCAAGUGUGCCGUCGCCGUCGGACUGGGCAUGAUCUCCGAGGUGGGAUAUUUGCAUGAGAACCCCGACAUCGAGGCACUCCUCCUGCGCAAGGGCAUUCAGCCGCUCAAUGAGGAGGAAUUCCUGCAGGUGCUCGACCUUGCCCUUGAGAGCGAGGCGGCGCAUAAGGUGGAUGAAGCCCAUAUGCUCACCGGGCUGGAACCGGCGGGCGUCCGCGAACUCAGCGCGCGCGGGUUUGAUGUGACGAGUCAUGGAGUGUUGGUCGAAGCGCGCGCGGGCAUUCUCUCGGCUGCGCUGUUGGCGGAGCAAGAGGUGCGCGCUGGGGGCUCGGGCGAGGCUCGGGGAGCCGAUCACCAAGCGGUGACUUCGGCAGCCCCUUGGUUCAAAGAGCUUCCGCCAACCAUGACGGGGACGUUUGCGUCCGAGGCAGAUGCCGAGAGCCUGCUGGUUGCCAUCGUCCGGCUUUUGAAAAAGCGGUUCGCCAAUCUGAUUCUGAUGCCCUUGGAUCAGAUUGACGAUCAGAAGCCUUUGCCUGAAUUCGGGGUAGACAGCAUGAUUGCUUCGGAGUUCCGGACAUGGUUCUGGACGGUUUUCCGGGUCGAUAUCCCAUUCCUUGAUAUCAUGAGUGUGAGGAAGAACUUGAGUCUGCUCGCUCAGUUUGUGGAAACAAAGCUAUCACAGAACUGA